CUGAUACUGCCAGGUAAAGACACCGCACAACAGGAACUACCAAAGUACUACAAAGUCCAAUUCAUUGAGUAUUCCAAGGUCCUAUGCGUAACCAGCAGCCUAUGCAUACUGCUGUUCUGUGUGUCAAUCUUCUGCUUUUCCGGCAUGGGUCGAUCAGCCAUAUGUUUCAGUGCUGAAAGGAAAAGCCAGUCUAGCACAAAAGGUGUCUACCUUAUGCUCUUAGCAUUCCCUUUAAUGACUGUUGUCGUGACUACACAUUUGGACCAAACCAUCCGUCUUCCCAGUGACAUGAUCUGCUGGAGGUUUGUCGUCAGAUCAUCUCCAAUCGAUGCCGUUAUUUUGCUGCGGCUGCUAAACUAACAGGAACCUGACCCUUCAGCCUGCAAUGCUUACGGUAGGAUGAGCAGAUUGCGGACUUAUUUUCAUGGCGGCUUGGGGCGGAAGAUGGCUGACUGAUGAACUUAUAGGAGGAUCUAAGGGGUAUACACUAUUAACUGUUGGUAAUACUCCUGCUGCUGUGAUUCAUGUCCCAGACAAGAAUGGACUCUAGCCGACUGGGCUUGCGCCUUGUCUGAGAGCAUCAUUCUGCAUCAACCGGCCAGAUUUGUCCCGCUCACAGUGAGAUGUCGCCCCUCCAUCCAGGUCAACAGCCUCUCUGUCCUUCAGCAGAAAAUACGCAGAAACUAAGUCAAAUUUUCUGGCGACAGGGUAAGGGAGUGGAUCGCUGCAGGUUGGCGAUUUGAAGCCCAACUGACUGCACCCUGCCGUCCUCAGCAGCGUUGACUCUGCAUCCCGUCACACAGAGAGCAACCCAUACUGGUCGGAAACUGAUUGGACUGCGGAAGCAACAAAAUGCCCGGAUUUUCUCUGGCCGAAUGUCGUCCUGUACAAUACAACGCUAGCAUACAACAGGUCAAUUCAGCCAUCCUCUCCAUACAGGUGAACGGGCAUGAGCGUCCAGGUUCAGGAGUCUUUUGUUUGUGCUCCGCUUUCCUACCCUGGCCCCCUGCCUGUUUGCAUGAUUCCCUCGCUUCAUCCCAUGUCACUGUCAAAUGCAUACCAGAUCUGCUUGCUUGUUCUUAAUAAUGCCAUUCUGACCCCUUGACCUUUUCUGAUCUGUGCGAUCAACCUCCAUCCUCUGUCCUGUGCCCGUCUUAAAGACCUACAUCCUCUUCACGUCUUAGGACAUAACUUGCUGGAUUUUGGUUCGCGCCGCCCCAAGGUUGUCCAUCAGCAGCACAGGAUCCCUCAUCUAAGGCGGACCAUCUUUCGGAAGCUUCUACUGCCUACAUCUGUUCGCCACGGCUGCGCUGUUGGCAUGUAUGAGAUGGAAGUCGACGAUUCACCUCAUCAGUUGGAAGCCUACAACAACAUGAUGGGCUCGCAGCUGCCAGACAUCAUGUCUAGGACGCUCCACGAUCACAACUCACAUCCGUCAACAUCGGAAGCUGCAAGCCUGCCCUUAUUUCAAGGUGGUAUCUUGCAAGAGUUGCACCCUUUGCUCAAAGUGGAGGCUGUAAUGGACGAGACAUUGGAACCGGUGGGAACUGGUCAAGAACAUCACCCUCCACUUGUUUCCACUCAGGUUCAACUCUCAGACCUGGAGUUGGGUCCCACAUGGUUCUCGCAGCAGACUUACCCGACACUUGUCGGCGCUCGUCCCAUGUCGACCACUGCACUCGACAGUUGGCCGUUUCUGCCAUGCUCUGCUGAAUUGACGCCACCGUAUUCAACGUAUCAUUACUUUGACGACAGUGAUGGUCGCAGUCCAUGGUCUUCGUCGCCAGAGUUCGCUCACAGCCAGCCCUUGACCUCGCUUGGUGAAGUUGGAGAGGGAAUCACCGACAAGCCUUACGCAAGGCUGAUUUAUGAAGCUUUGAUGCAAGCACCAGGCCACAAAAUGAUGCUCAGAGACAUAUAUGAGUGGUUUCGCCUCAAUACUACCAAGCCUCAAGAGUCUGGCUCGAAUGGAUGGCAGAACAGCAUUCGACACAACCUCUCCAUGAACCAGGCUUUCGAGAACGACAGGGAAAGCUCCCGAAGUAGCGCGAGAAAGGCCAACAGCGUUUGGAUGUUGACUGAGGACGCCAUCGCCCACGGCGUUCAAUCCACAACCAGAUAUCGAAAGACGGGAGGGGCCAGGAAAGUCACAUCUAAUCGUGCCCCUGCGAUUCAGCGUCAAAGAUCUGGAGCCAGAGGCGGGCGCGCUGCACGUUGGGCAGCGAGGCAGAGGCGCCCAGGAAACUCUCUCCACACAGAAGGCACCACGCCUUCGUGCAGUCCCACUACCCCCUCUCAGUCAGAUGUGAGUGAAUACCAAAGCUUUGAAUACAACGAGCUGCGACCGGCCCUGUUGCAUUGGCCCAUGACGCCGGUGGACGAUAGUCUACAUCUAGCGGAUGGUGCGAUGCAGAAUAUGUGUCUAUCUCCACAGCGGUCAAUCGAUGCUUCGCAGUCUGGCCACAGAGAUGAAGGCUUGCACUCGGAAGAACUGGUGCUGCGUUGUUUGACGGACCGUCAGUCACAUGGGUCAGGGAGCCCCCGGAUUGGUUGAUGAUCGCAGGCAAACCCGCUGUAAGGAUCAAGAUCGGCCCAACCUCGACGUGCGGGGGAUCACGAUGAGAUAGUCGAAGGUCGAUCUCUGUAUGAGCUGCUGAAGUCAAACCCUGGCCCAGUGACUAGGGGCCGGGAAAUGUACCAGGGAGGCUAUGAUUGUUUGUUCAGCUCCACAUAGAACGAGAAAGCGCACCUGUGAUAGACAGGGGUCCUGGGGCUAAUCACUGGAACCUGCCUACUGGGGUGUGAAAUGUGAGAUGCAGUGGUGGAUGGCAAUAUAAUCGAUUAAUUGUCCAAUGCUGUUUUGAAGGCAGCAAGUAGUGACACUACUUGGCCGAAAGACGGAAAUAAAUAAUAAUACUAGAAAUCAUCCCAUUUUCAUGGCGGAUGCUGCCGCCUGUCAAUGUUUCUUUGCACUUCAUUCCUGCCUCACAGCAACCCUGACAUCAACACAAUUGCGGUAGUUGAAUGGACCACCCAAGCUAGACAGGAGUCGAGCUCAGCACGCCGCCGCCACAUUUUUUUACCCUUGAGAGUUGCAAGGUUGUCUAUCGGCAAUCGCUGAGCUAGAGUGGGCAGGAUGGUUCAGCUGCCAUGCCUGCGCUCGCUUCGAUCACGAACCAGCUCUUCCUCUCCUCCGUUUCUACCAGCUACUACGGCCUGUAAAGCGUUCCAAGACAUGCGUGCGCUGGCAAUUUGCCCCUGUCUCGACAAAUCGGCUGACGAUAUCGUUCCGGGAAGCUCGAUCGUGGUGUCAAACGAACCUCUCCCAGAUUCCAACAACUACCUAUUCAAGUUGACAGCAAACUUCUUAGACCCGCAGCCGGGGUUGUCAAUCGGCCUGCAGUAAACGACGCAGAAAAUGCACAUGUAGACAACCCGGGGUUGGCAUUUGACCUGUCGAGCCAAUAUAAUGCUGACGAUUCAAUCAUUCUUCACACUAAUGCAGAGCCUUACGCCGGGGACAAAGCCUUUGCUUCCGCUGAGUCUUAUUCGGCCCUAGUCUUGCCACGUUCAUGGCUUCCUGGAGUGAUGGCGGUGCGGACCGACCAAGGGCGAGAAUGUCCCGCUGAGAGGGAACAAAGGCCAUGUGUUUUCUUUUGCUCACGCUGCAAAUGUGUCGAUGCAGACUCUCGCCUGGGAAACGAAAGCUCUCAAUCUCACACGUGGCGUGACCACAACGAAGCUCCUACCAGAAGGAAACAAAUCUUGCCUCCAGCCUGGGUGUGCGAGAAACAUCUCACGCAGUUGGGGGACGAAGAAUGGAUUGUACUGGUUGACGUGGCUGAAAGACGGCAAUGAGGAUCCCAAUGAGGCCGUGGCUUGCUUCGGCUUGUUUAUUCUCGGAAUUUGCUGACAAUCAGCUUCACCAGGCCGCAUAGUCACAUUGCCACCACGUUUCAGGUAACCUGGUGAUCAAUCCAUCCUCGAGGUUGGGGUUCCAGCCAGAUCUACGCCGUGGAUGUAAACGACAACAGAAAUCUCGGAUCUUGAACCAUAUUCGGAUCUCAGGACGUGAGCUUGCUCUUACAGGUCCAUCACUUUGAUCUCCCUCCAUGGUGAGUCUAAUUGCGGCUGGAACUGUAUCAGAAAGAUGACAACAAUGGAUAUGAUAUGGCACUGAGACGAGGAUGCAUGCCGCGGACGACUGCUUGGGGCCCUAGACAAGACCUCUUCAGUGACCAUUUUGCAAAAUGAAGCCACGCAGCAGCCCGUUUUGCGAAGGUACACGCUGUGCUCCGCACAGGUGCCCCUUGAGCUUCCUUAUCGUACAGAAUACUCCUCGAUGAGUUGUCAGCCUACGAUAUAUUCUCCUGGCGACCGUACGGGCAUAACUAGCCGGACAUUGGUGCAGCUUUGCAUAAGAAAUACCUAUUCUUUGCCUAGCCGAACCAAUGGACGGAAGAUGAUACGCGAGAGCCUACGUCCAACAUGCCUUCAAAGAGCUUUCAAAGAGCGGAGCCGAAUUGUCUGGACCCGUCAUCGACUCAUCCUCCUCGCCCCGUGGCUGGAGUAAUCUCCAACCCCAGCCUGAACCGGAAGAAUUUGAGGAAUACGCUGACGCAAGUUGACCGUUCCAGUGCCAUCCUAUCAUGCAGCUUGCCGUCCAUCCACUUCAGCCCUUGUCAGUCAGAACGUGCUUGACAUAUGCUAGGUAACGUUGGACAACACCAACCUGGGAUUGAUCGGAACAGGAUUGGCCGCAUGACCUCUUGACAUGUCGCCGUUGAAUUUUCUCUGGCUUGUGUAACGACUGCCUGCCAUGCGAAGCAUCCCGCAUGCUGUCUCUUCUUCAUGCCACUACUUCUGAAAGUAAGCCCUACUCCACAAUGACACAAAGUUCCUUCUCGUUCAAUGGCUCGUUGAAAAUCGUAUAGCUGCAUCACAUCGGAAUACUGGCGAGGGAGCGGGAGGUCACCCUUUCCAGCCGAGGCCCUGCCUUCCUUCCCUGGACUGUUGCUGAACCUGACUGGAAUGUUCCCGGUACUGGCGUUACCAGCGUGAAACGAAAGGGGCAUGAGUAUCUCCCACGCCAUCCCGUGAACAAAGAGAGUUGGUCAUCGAAACACUUCACCAGUGUUGUACUAUGACAUCAACUCUGGCGUACCAUCAAAUAGGCGCAGGGUGGACCGCCCUUUAGCUGCUGUAUGGACAAUCUGCAAAAGCACCACUGAGUCGGCCUUCUUCAAUGAGCCGCCAAUGACCAUUCUGAGUAGAUGCCUACACCAAAGAGCCAACCCUAGCGGGGAGCUUCCUUCUCUCAGUGCGCACACACAUGGCUUAGGAGUCAAAAUGGUGUUCUGUUGUGGAAGAACCUGUAUUACCACUGCAUUUCUUCAACAACCCAAAGCCCACACUACUGUCCAACUACCCAGCAGCUUCGAGGGUGGCUGCUGAUGGGGGCAGUGGGCGCGAAUUCUCAAAAACAGUAAAACUUUCGGACUGUGCCUGGAAUGUAUGCAGCCUUCCGGCCUUGCGAGGCGUUGCGUUGCUGUCUGCCCCCUCUUAAAGAGGGAUAUCCCUGCUUUCAGGUCGACGUUGCACAGCCGUACUUCCUACAGAAACAGAAAUCCCCCGACGGGUCCUCAAGAAGCUCGCCUUCGUGGCUGCCAGCAGAUAUGACAGAUUUGACAGCGGCUCUUGUACGACAUCCCCUCAAGAUCAACUUUCCAAGCUCCACGCUUGGAGGGUCUUGGGGAGGGUAUUUCUGAGGUACUCUGUCCUGCAGAGAACAGCUCCAAGGCGUGUGGUAGACUGUGGCAAGUCGUCCAUUUACUGUGGUCACAACGAGCAAAAGGUGUUCGAGGUAGAAAAGAAUGUUAGCGGUCUCCGGGAAAUUUUGCCUCAAUCCUUGCCCGGAAAACCGUUGUGAUCCGUUGUGGUGUCACUUGCUGAACACUCGACAGCUUCCACUUGUGCGUUUGAGCACUGAUAACGACUGAUAGUGGACGCCACGAUUGGUCGGUAGAAUCUUUGUCGUCUUCCGCUUUGUGUGCUGUGGCCGGAAGUUAGGGUGCGAGAAAAGUCCAAUUCGACAUACCUUUCCACGGGCUUGAUCGACCGUGUGUGAUCGCACCCUAUGGUAGCAUAUGGUUCUUGGUUUGGACAGCAGCGUUCACGGGGCACACAGGGACACAAGAGUAAAAUGGCUUAUCACUCGCAAUAAACUCUGGACCAAGCAGACGAAACAAAUUGUCCGUACAGAUUCGACGUACCAAAACUCCAUCUUCUCAUGCACACUAGCACAGUACGACAAUGCAGUAUGUAGGGACAAGGAAAGACCACGGCAAGUCAAAGAUGAUAAAGCAACACAAAAGGCGCUUGGAGAAAAAGGGUAUUUGAGGACCCAAUCAUUCGUGAUGUGACCUUAUUUCGAAACCA